AUGGCGCCAAAAGGUAAAGACAAGGCCAAAGGCAAGGACGCUGGCGAAGACAAGGCCAAGAAAGGAAAGAAAGAUGGCUAUCAACAAAUCAAUACUCGCCACAUCCUCUGCGCCAAGCACUCGAAGAAGGAAGAGGCUCUAGCGAAGCUCAACGAAGGCUUCAAAUUCGAUGAUGUGGCUCGGGAAUUCUCCGAGGACAAGGCCAGAGCUGGAGGCGCGCUGGGAUGGAAAUUGAAGGAUCAGCUUUUGAGCGAGUUCUGGGAGGCCGCGAUAACGCUUCAACCAUCGACAACAGCCAAGCCCAGUUGGACAGAGUGCAAGACUACAGAGGGCUAUCACAUCAUUAUGCUGGAAGGAGGAAAGUGA